GAAUUAUUAGAAAAAACUAAACUUAACUACUAUCAAGUUUACCAUCAAAAGGUUUUGAAAUUUUGUGUAAUGAAGUUAUUUGUUAUGAAUUUAUAACGUAUUUGAAUAUAAUUUUUGUGAAAUUAUUUUAUCCAAAUAUUUAGAAUUUUGAUUUAAAUAUAUAUGUUAAGAAGAAACUGAACUUAACUGCUAUCAAGUUCAUUGUCAGGUUGCAAUUUCAAAAUGGUUUUGUUUUGUUUCAAAUUUCAAUAAACACUAGAAUAAUGUCUCCAAUUUUUUGUAGCUGCAACUUACUAAAAUAUAAUAGCUUCAAUUGCAUUAGUAAAAUAAUAUCUUUAGAAUAUUAGCAUUUGACAUGACAUCCUUAAAUAAUAGGAAAAUAAAGUCUAUGUUAAGAAGUAAUACAAAAUGAUGGAUUUAACAUAGUUGGAUAAGUUUGGUAAUAUAAUUUUGCUCAAUUUAUAUUGAUAUUUUUACAAUUUGUUAUUAUUUUGCAGAUUGACAUUCCUCCUCCUCUCCUAUCUUUUAUAUCUAAAAUAUCUAAAGAGGAGUACUUUCCUGGAAAAAUUGCAUGUUUGUCUCACUUGGUAGCCAUUGAAAAUAUUAAGAAGAAAUUGACUGAACCACAAUUGGAGAUGUUUAGAAAAUCAUGUUUUGGUCAUUUUUUACUCCUUCCCGAACUUAGAUUUUCAGCCCAAAUUGUUCAUCAAUUGUUGUUACGUCAAUGUGAAACCAAAAAAGACAAUGAAAUAUGGAUUUUAUUAAAGUCAAAGGGCUUAAGAUUUAGUAAAGAAGAGUUUGCAUUGAUUACGGGCUUGAGUUUUGGUCCUAUUACAAAAUGUGAUAAAAAAUCAUUAUGAAUAAGGGACACAUACUUUAAAGGAGAAAACAAGGUGCGUAAUGAUGAGUUGGAGAAAGUUUUUCUUUCUUUAGGAGAGGAAAAGAAAAAGAAAAAGAAUAAGAAAAAUAAAAAAAAAAGGAUUUGAAGAUGAAGAGGUGAUAAAGUUGGCACUUUUGUAUUUUUUAGAGCAUGUUUUAUUUGGGAAAGAAGGAAAAAAUUUGAUAGAUAUGGAAUGGGUUGCUUUGGUUGAUAAUUUGGAGGCUUUUAACAAGUAUCCAUGGGGGGGGAUUUGUUAUGAGAGGACACUAUUUGGUUUGCAAAGAGCUUUGGAGAACCGGGUAUCCAAAUACCAAGAUAAAAAGAAAACAAAGGGAGAAGCUGCAGUUGAAGCAUAUAGUCUUGUUGGAUUUCCAUAUGCAUUCCAGGUUUGGGCAUACGAGGCUAUUCCACUUAUUGGAUUGAAAUAUGCCACUCGUGUAUCUGAGAGGUAUCCUCGAAUAUUAAAUUGGAGUGCAACAAGUGCUCCAAGGUCUACUGAGGUUGAAAAUGUAUUUCUAGAGCCUCAUUUAACUUUUCAUUCGCUUCUAACACCCACUUUAGAGGAGCAACAACAAGACUAUUACAAGCAUGUAGAUAAACAAGGAGCUUCAGCAGAAAUGUUGCACCAAUCAAAUGCCUCACAAGAUGCCAAGAAUGAUGACUUAAGGCAUGAAAAAAGCUCAUCUGACACUGCUGCAUAUGUUGCUGCUGCUACUGCUGCAAUGGCAGAAGAAACAACAAAUGAUGCAAUCACCCCAUCAAUAGAGAAAUUAUGGAUGGAGUUUGUGAAAUUCAGACAAAGCUCAGAGUUAAAUUUCAAUCAUCUAAAGAAAGAAAUUGAAGGACUCAACUUGAAGAUGGAUGAAUUGAAACAACUUUUAUUAGAAGUUAAGAGUUCGAAUGAGGAACACGGUAUGCAUGACACUAGAUUCAGAAAAUCUAGUACAAAAGAAAAUGAUAACAAUAUGGGCUUUGAUUUCCAGACUGGAAUUUUUGAGGAUGUUACAGAUGAUGAAGUGGAGAGAAAUGACAUUCCCAUGGAUGUGAACAUUGAUAUGGAAGCUUCUAGAAACCUUCAGCUUGCAGAAAAACACAUGACUAAAGAGUUGAAAGAUGACUACUCUAUUGAUGAUCCAGUUAUUGAUAUUGCCAAGUUGUUUGGUACCCCAACUAUGUCGGGCGAGUUUUCAGUAUAUGUCAUACCUCACCAUCUAUCUCCUGCCAUUUUUAAGCGAAGGCGUGAGAUUAAAAAGUCUCAUAUCUUACAGCACCCUUUUACAGAUCCCACCAAGAGAAAGAAACUAAGAAAAGAGAUUGAGAAACCAUUAACUUCAUUUGAUCCUUUGCAUCCAAUCUCUGAAGAAGCAUUAGAGUCCUUUCAAAAGUGGAUGAGUGAUGACCAAGGGUCCACAAUUGACAUUGACUACAUGCAUAUAGAUAAAAAAUGGUUUCAAUCACUGUCUAAUCAUGGUUCAUGGCUUGCUGACACGCACAUUGAUGUUGCCUUCUUCUUUUUCCGAAAGCGGCGAAUAGAAAAUCCUCAUCUUUUUUCCCAAAAGUUUACCACAGUAGAUACUAUGUUUUGGGUAUGUGUAGUUUGA